AUGACUGUUCUCUGUGUCCAGAAGAUCAAUACCCAAACCACAACAAAGAUUCCUGCAUUUCAAAAGUUAUAACUUUCUUAUCGUAUGAAGAACCGCUGGGAACGAGUUUGGCUGUUUGUACUCUUUUGUUGGCUUUCAUCACAUCUUUGGUACUUAGGAUCUUCAUUCAAUACAGGGACACUCCCAUUGUCAAAGCCAACAACAGGAACCUCACUUACAUUAUCCUCAUCUCCCUUCUACUUUCUUUCCUUUGUGCUUUACUAUUUAUUGGGAAACCCGAUCAAAUUGUGUGUCUUCUUCGACAACCAGCUUUUGGCAAUAUCUUCUCAGUAGCAGUUUCCUGUUUGUUGGCCAAAACCAUUGUGGUGGUCCUAGCGUUUAUGGCCACCAAGCCUGGGUCUAAAAUGAGGAGAUGGGUGGGGAAAAGAACAGUGAGCUCCAUCGUUCUUUCCUGCUCUCUUGUUCAAGCCACCAUUUGUGCCUCAUGGCUAAUGACAUUCCCACCAUACCCAGACCUUGAUAAUCACUCAGUGUCUCAAGAAAUUGUACUAGAAUGCAAUGAAGGAUCGGUGACCAUGUUUUACUGUGCCUUGGGUUUUAUGGGCUUUUUGGCCAUUGUCAGCUUCUCUGCAGGUUUUCUAGCUAGGAAACUCCCUGACAGUUUCAAUGAAGCCAAAUUCAUCACCUUCAGCAUGUUUGUCUUCUGCAGUGUUUGGUUGUCCUUUGUUCCCAGCUACUUGAGUACCAAAGGAAAAUACAUGGUGGCUGUGGAGAUCUUCUCCAUCUUAUCCUCCAGUGCUGGCUUACUGGGUUGUAUCUUUGCCCCCAAAUGUUUUAUCAUCCUACUAAGACCUGAACUGAACAAUAAGGAACAGCUAAGAAGAAGAACAAUGGAGCAACUUAAAAUUCUCUGA